UCUCCGAGCUUGGCACGGCGAAGUCAUGGCGGCGAGCGAGAACUCGACGGAGGCAGAGUCACAGCAGUACCUUCAUGUACUAUCUGCUUUCCUCGCAAUGGAACCGGUGGACUCCGUCAUUGCUCUCGCGAGAGGGUGUUCCGGAGGAUCACUUACGGAGAGUGUCCAGAGGUUUCUGUGGGAGGUUUGCGUCAAAGCUGCUGCCAAUGGUAACGCAUCAUACGCGAAAAAGUUACUGAAGAAACUCAUAACUGAAGUUGAGUUGGAGAAAGGUGAAGUGUUAGAUGAAGUGUAUGAAGAGUAUGCUCUUUACAUGUCAGCGGCUUCUAAGGAGGAUGCAUUGGUGAAAGAAAACAUAAGGAUUACCAAGUUCAUCUCUUUUCUUUUCCCAGAAGUAGGUUUAUACGAACAUCCAAGUUGUCCAAGUUCAAGGAAGUUAGUUGUUCCGCUGCAGUGUUCAUUGAACAUGCUUGAAGGAGAUACCGGGUGUUCAAUCUGGCCUUCAAGUUUGUUUUUGUCAGAGUUUGUUCUGUCAUAUCCAGAGUUAUUCACUGAUAAAUCGUGUUUUGAGGUUGGUUCUGGAGUUGGUUUGGUUGGAAUUUGUCUUGCACAUGUAAAGGCAAAGAAGGUGAUAUUAACAGACGGAGAUCUCUUAACUCUAUCUAACAUGAAGCUUAACUUGGAGAGGAAUGACUUAAACUAUGAGGACGAGCUGCUCAAACAACACGGAGAAGCUGAGAGCUCACAGCGAGUUAAAUGCAUCCAUCUCCCAUGGGAAACUGCAUCGGAUAGUGAAGUGAGCGAGUAUCGUCCAGAUAUUGUUCUAGGCGCAGAUGUAAUCUAUGAUCCGUCAUGUUUCCCUCAUCUACUUCGGGUUCUAGUAGCCCUUUUAAGGAGAUCAACCAAAAGAGACAAUGGCUCUCUCGAGACUGAAGGAAGCAGCAGCCCUGCAGUGGCUUAUAUCGCAUCUGUGAUCCGCAAUGCAGACACUUUCAAUGCGUUCUUGACACUUGUGGAUCAGAUGAACCUUUCCAUCACAGACUUGACCGAAGAACUUAAGCCUCCGUUUGAGCUUUUACCGUAUAUGCAUUCGUAUGACCGCUCAAGCGUCCGGCUCUUCUCCAUAUCCUCCAGAUAAUGUGCUUUAAGCAUUUUUGUUACUUUACAACUGAAACUACAGAUUCUUUAAAACUUGUUCCUGUAUGGUAGUUGGUUGAUCAGGUCAAAGGUUUGGUUGUUAAAAUUGCCGUGAGCGUUUCAUCUGGUUGUGGCAAUACAACCGCUAAACACUAUCACUGCUUGUUACUACAAAACGUUAAGAGUUUGGAUUUGAAGAAAA